AUGUCACGGUUGUUACCAGCUCAGUGUGGGAUUGUCAGUCAAGCAAAGUCUCCUUCCAUAACCGAAACGACUAGCUCCGGCUCUGGUGUUAUAAUAGAUGACCUGCCACCAUUUGCAUCAUUGACGACCGACGAAGAACGCGAGAAGAAAGCCGAGCGGUCGAGUCCCGGAACUUACAAUGUUGUAGUCAACCAGGACAGUUUUCAACAUCUCCCCGAAUAUAGCGACGAUCCGGACAUCAAAACAGAGUCGUUAUCACCCUUACGCCGAGGGUCUAUUGCCGCGUCAAUUGCCAGCAGUACUGGUCGCGACAUUCCUGUCGAGGGCAUACCCAUUCCAGGUGAUCCCAAUGUGGUGGUAUUACCCAGGUUUGAGGACAUCGGACGACGCAACACGUUCAGUCAUUCCAAGGACACCAAGUCCCCUCUCUCGCCAUCUGUUAGACAUACAAUUAUUAAAGUCGAAGACACAGAUGGUGCUGUUUUUACCGCCGAGCCAGAAUCUUACGAAGAUAAUCAACAGAUUGGCCAGGACGCUCGGUACUUGCGACAAUUCCGCCAUGCUGUCUGGCGACAGCUGGUACCUACCGAAAGGGAUGUCAGGGAUGGCAUGGCCAUGUCGAGUGUUAAUGUUUUGGAAAAUGCGGCCAGGACCUUUCCUCCGCUACACCACGCCAUGAUGGCGGUCGCGGCUCUCAGUCUUGCUAUUCGGGAAGGGAAAGAACGAUUAGACGCUCUGCAACACUACCAACAAGCUUUACCGGCGUUACAAAACAGUCUCAAAAGUCCAAAUGAUCUGUCAUCAGAUGGAGCAUUUUUGACUCACUUUUUACUGCUCGUUUACGAGAUUGCUGCAGCCGAAGACGGACAUUCGAACCUCUGGUCACCACACUUAUCUACUCUCUUGCGAAUUACUCUGUUACGGCGCGAUGUUUAUGGCGGAGAAAGGUUUCCGUUUGUCGUUUGGUGGAUCUGCAAUAUCGAUUUGAACGCCCUGUUCAGCGGCGCAGGAAGAGGGGAAUAUGUCGGAUACAUGCUCAGCCACGACAUAAUACCUCCCCCGAGUUUUCACUUACACCCGCUAGGACUUGAUGGAUCCAGCGUGGUUUAUGAGGAAGAGCUGGAUUCUUUACCGACAAUUUUACAACUCGAUUACGAAGUGACCAUUUUGGCCGUACGGCUGGGUUUACUCUCGCGCGAAUUUCGGCAUGAAGCAUCUGCUUUUAUCUCUGGAGACAUGCUUCACCGAGCGGAGUCGAUUAGGGUCCGACAGACGCGGAUUUUCGAAGUGCAAGAAGCUCUUCGACAGUUAUGGGUAGCGCCGGGGGUUUCGAUGGUGUCUCAACUUGCGCCGAAUCUACCUACACGCUCAAAACUUUUAUACGAGCAUGCCGCAUCCCUCUAUCGCGCAUGCAUCCUUUAUUCUCAUACUUCCAUGUGGCCGGGACAGAGGCUCGAGACUUCGCCGGACUAUGAUACCGAAAUUGCGGUCGCCUCGAAUCAGAUUCUCGAUAUGACGCGGAAAGCUCUUGCUGAAGACCGGUCUGAUUGUCGAUAUUUGGUAUUUCCGGUCUUCAUGGCCGGAUACGCCAGUUUGGAUGGAGCACAAAGAAUGGUUGCGUUGGACCUGAUCCGGACUAUGGAGAAGACCAGCAUUGGACGCAACACUACGAUAACGCGCAGGGCCUUGGCUGCGGUCUAUGAGAAACAGAAUGAACGAUUUAUGAAUACCGGACAGAGUCUCGAUGUGGAUUGGGUGGAGGUUAUGGCGGAGAGAGAUUUGCGCAUCGUCAAUUUUGGGGUGUGA